ACCAACUCUCCACUCUCUCUAAUUCUCAGAGUAAUAGAAGUGUGCUUUCAAUGGCUACAACAUCAGACAAGAGCGAAACUGGUAAGAUUUGUAAGAAAAGAGUUAGAGGACAGUUCAAGGGUGUAAGGAUGAGAAAAUGGGGGCGAUGGGUAUCUGAAAUAAGGAUCCCACAGACCAAAUAUCGUAUUUGGUUAGGCUCAUAUGAAACUCCAGAGAAGGCGGCCCGUGCUUAUGAUGCAGCACUUUACUGUAUUCAUGGCUCAAAAGGAAAAUUUAAUUUUCCUAAUGAGUUACGUCCAGAAUUUCCUGAUGGAUUGUCAACCUCCUUCUUUAAAAGUGAGAUUAAAGCAGUUGCUUCAAGAUUCGCAUCGCUCAAUUCUCCAUCAGAUUUGUCAUCAACAUCAUCCUUUAUGAACACCACAAGCUCACUGAACCUUGAGGGCGAUGCAUUGGUUUUGGGUGGUGGUGAAACAGGAAGCGCAUGUGAGGCUGGUGAUAUGCACUUUGCACAUGAUGGUCAGUCAGAAUCCAACUAUUUUUCACCGGAAAAUUUUCUGCUGGAUGAGCCGAUAAUGAUGGAGCCUGACUUCAUCUGGGAUAUAUUAGAUAGAAACUAAUAAAUUCUGCUGGUGUAAAGUUUCGAAAUAUAUUUAUAUACUAGUAUAUAU